CAUAUAAACAAAGACACGCGAGAAACGUCCUGACCGAGGUGCAAUGGCAAGGAAAACGGAGAUCCCAUCCUCGUACUACGGUGAGCCACAUAAGUUUGACCCAACCUUCAGGGGACCCAUUCACAAUAGGAGCUGCACUGACGUGCUUUGCUGUGUGGUAUUCGUCAUAGUCAUCCUUGGCUAUAUCGCUUUGGGAACAGUGGCCUGGAUCCAUGGGGACCCAAGGAAGGUGGUGUAUCCAACAGACAGUUAUGGGCAGUUCUGUGGUCAGCAGGGUACUCCAAAUGCAAAUAAAGCCAUAUUAUUUUACUUCAACAUAUUACAUUGUGCCAAUCCUUCAGUUCUAAUCAACCUUCAGUGCCCUACAACUCAGCUCUGUGUAUCAAAGUGCCCAGACAGAUUUGCCACAUACCUAGAUGUGCAGUAUAACUACAGGUAUAACAAAAGCUACUGGGAAUACUACAAGCAGUUCUGCAAGCCGGGGUUCGACAAUCCGCGAAAGUCAGUGGCUCAAGUCCUGCGUGAUGAGGACUGUCCUUCUAUGAUUGUGCCCAGUAGACCCUUUCUACAGAGGUGCUUUCCCGAUUUCAUCACAAGAAACGGGACGUUAACUGUUGCCAACAAAACAAACUUCAAAGACGGACAGGGGAAAACAAGAAGCGUGACUGAUCUUCGAGACGCUGCCAAUGGUAUCACUGGUCUGCUGGAUGCCAAGGAAGUGGGCAUUAAGAUCUUUGAGGAUUAUGCCAGCUCCUGGUAUUGGAUUUUAAUUGGAUUGGUCAUAACCAUGGUGGUCAGUUUGGUGUUUAUCUUGCUGCUGCGGUACACGGCGGGAGUCUUGCUCUGGCUCGUCAUCUUUGGGGUCAUCGCUGGAGUGGGCUAUGGCAUCUGGCAUUGUUACUGGGAGUUCAGUACGCUGAAAGGAAUGCCUGACGCUGAUGUCACGAUCUCAGACAUCGGUUUCCAGACGGACUUUCGUGUUUAUCUUCAGCUCAGCCAGACCUGGCUAAUCUUCAUGAUAUCCCUGGCCGUCAUUGAGGCAGUCAUUGUAAUGGUGUUAUUAUUCCUAAGGAGCAGAGUCCGAAUUGCUAUUGCUCUUCUGAAAGAGGGAAGCAAGGCAAUCGGAUACAUUAUGUCAACUCUCUUCUACCCCAUAAUCACCUUCUUGUUGCUGGCGGUCUGCAUAGCAUACUGGGCAGUGACUGCUGUCUUCUUAGCCUCCUCCGGCGACGCUGUGUACAAAGUGAUGUCAACACAGCCGAACUGCAAGUAUGCCAAUAUAACCUGUGAUCCAGAGACCUUUAAUAAAACCAAUGUCACUAAGGUGUGUCCAGGAUCUCAGUGCACCUUCGCCUUUUACGGUGGAGAGAGUCUCUACCACCGCUACAUCUUUGUCCUGCAGCUGUGCAAUCUGCUUGUCUUCCUCUGGCUGGUGAACUUCACCAUCGCCCUAGGACAGUGCACCCUAGCUGGAGCCUUCGCCUCCUACUACUGGGCCCUUAAAAAGCCAGCCGACAUCCCUGCCUGUCCCCUGGCUGCUUCUUUUGGCCGGGCUAUAAGAUAUCACACCGGCUCAUUAGCUUUCGGGGCCUUGAUACUGUCCAUCGUCCAAUUCUUCCGGAUCAUUCUGGAAUAUUUGGAUCACAAACUCAAAGGUGCUCACAAUUCAUUUGCACGCUUCCUGCUAUGCUGUCUCAAAUGCUGCUUCUGGUGCCUAGAGCAUUUCAUUAAGUUCAUGAACAGGAAUGCAUAUAUCAUGAUUGCAAUAUACGGGAAAAAUUUCUGUACCUCUGCAAGGGAUGCUUUCUUCCUGUUGAUGAGGAACGUGGUAAGGGUGGCUGUGCUGGAUAAGGUAACUGACUUUCUCCUGUUCCUGGGAAAACUGCUCAUUUCAGGGAGCGUGGGCGUGCUAGCGUUCUUUUUCUUCACCCGCAAGAUACCAGUCAUUCAAGAGGAAGUGCCAUCAUUAAAUUACUAUUGGGUCCCCCUGCUGACAGUGAUAUUUGGAUCCUAUCUGGUUGCAAAUGGAUUCUUUAACGUCUAUGCCAUGUGUGUGGACACAUUAUUCCUCUGCUUCUGUGAAGACCUGGAGAGAAACGAUGGUUCUCCCUCCAGGCCUUACUUCAUGCCUCCUGGUUUACACAGGGUACUGAGGAAGACUGAUCAUGCCAGCAAGAAAUACACAGGCUCAUGAGAAAAAUUCCUGUGGAAAAAAAA